CCACUGGAGUGUCUUCCCUACAUUCCAAGUAAUGCAGCAGUGUAACAUUGCUUUCUUGUGUCCUAACAGCCACUGUACAGCAUGCAUAGCGUGUAUGGACUAAUGCACGUUCACCAGUCGGCACACACAAUUCGACCUCUCAUUGAUCCAUUCCAACAGUCGAGGUUCACAAUCAUAAGACUGUUCUGCAGAGAUGGAAGGCACGCUAGUGGUAUAAUAACCCGACUCCAGACCCAUGAGAUGCGUCCCCCUGUCCUACCUCUCUCCAUCUAAUCCCUGCGUUACGGUCUCACCUAUCCACAGAUAGACUCAAUUCAGACAAUGGCUGAUGCCCCAGUUGACAUGCAUGGAGGUGAAGAGAACGGCCAAAUCGUGGUCGAUGAUACCAUCUCAGAAUUGGACUCCACAUUCGGCGAUUCCAAGAGUGAUACCACUUCGCUGACCUCUAGUGUCCUCAAAUAUCGCUAUGAGAAUGGCCGACGAUACCAUGCUUUCCGAGAGGGGAGAUAUCUCCUCCCCAACGAUGAGAAGGAGCAAGACCACAUGGAUAUCCUUGGGCACAUGUUCUUAUUACUUCUGGAUGGAAGAUUAUAUCUAGCCCCCAUUGAUGAACACCCACAGCGUAUUCUGGAUUUAGGAUGUGGUACGGGGCUGUGGGCGAUUGAAAUGGGCGACUUGUUCCCCUCGGCACAGGUUAUUGGAAACGAUCUCAGUCCAAUCCAGCCAAAAUUGGUCCCUCCAAAUGUGCAAUUUGAGGUGGAUGAUAUUGAAAGUGACUGGACUUACAAAAGCCCCUUUGACUUCAUCCAUGCUCGGUACUUGGCUACAUCAAUCCGGGAUUGGCCUCGGUUAUUCCGGCAGAUUUUCGAAAAUCUCAAACCAGGGGGUUAUGCAGAAUUCCUUGACUUUAAUUUUGUCCUGGACUCCGAUGAUGGUACUCACAAACUAUCUGAGGCAUUUAGUCUCAACAUCUCCGAGGGUGUAAGAGCAGCAGAUAUCGUGGGACAAAUAGCCAGCCCAGGACCGCACUUGAAAAAUUGGGCUGAAGAUGCAGGUUUUAUAAACAUCGAAGAACAUAUUUUCAAGCUGCCAUAUGGGCCUUGGCCUAAAGAUCCUAGAAUGAAAGAACUCGGUGCCUGGAACCAACUGCAGGCGUUGGAAGGGGUUGAAGGAUGGACAAUGGGCCUAUUCAAUCGUGUGCUUGGCUGGUCAGUGGAGGAAGUGCAGGUGCAUCUCGCCGAAGUCCGCAAGAAUUUUCGUGACCCCAGAAUCCAUUCAUACAUUACCAUGUACCUCGUAUAUGGCCAGAAACCGAAGGCGAAAAAGGAAGGAGAAAAAUAACCAGAAUACGAAUUACUUCCUCCCGAUGUGUUUAUUUGUACUUGCUUGACAUAUUCUGAAGAGCUGUGGGUGUUUCUCUUGAUUUCCUGAAGUAGUGGAUUAAGAAUGGACUUCAUACAUCCAAGGAACCAGAAGUCCGGGUAAUCUAGCACCAAACGAGCAUAUUAUCCAGUUCGAAGACUCGUUACCCCAUGGUAUAUCGUUAGAAGCGCAACAAUGACGGGAAGGGGAGGCUUGUCCGCAAGUAUCUACCUCGUGACCAACAUCUCAUACGUCGCAGGGACGUACAGUGGCUUAGCACCAAAUAUCUAUCUACAACUUCUUUUCCUUCUCACCGUGUAGCAUGCACAUUGUACUUUCUAGAUAAUCAUGCUAUGAGUAGUAAUGGACAGGUUUUC